AUGACUCUACUGUCCACAGUAUAUGCAGGACUAGCUCACCAUCCACUGUAUACAUCAAUUGUGCUUGCCCUGGGAUAUGUGCUUGCCGUGAGGGCUAUUUUGAAUAGUUCUCGCAUUCGCAAGCGCAACCCCAAAAAUCUUCCUCUGCCUCCCGGGCCAAAAGGUUACCCAAUCAUCGGAAAUCUCUUUGAUGUUCCUCCACCGGUAGAUAGCCCGCAUGUUGUAUACCAUCAAUGGUUUAAAAAAUAUGGGAAUAUUAUAUACAUCGAAGUCCUCGGUCAACCGCUGCUGCUCCUAGGAUCUCUAGAGCGAGUGAAUGACCUUCUUGACAAGCGAUCUUCAAACUACUCAGACAGAAUGUCCAUGCCAAUGCUUCUUGGAUUGAUGAACUGGGGAUUCAGUAUGGCGCUCCUCCCCUAUGGGAAAUGGUGGAGACGCCACAGAAAAGCAUUUAAUGAACAUUUCCAUCGCAACAUUGUUUACAAGUAUCAGCCUAUUCAACAACGGGAAGUUCGCAGCUUUCUUUUCCGUCUUCUAGGAUCUCCAGAGAAUUUUAUUCAUCACAUACGGCACACAUUUGCAUCUAUCAUUAUGAACGUAGCAUAUGGUAUCACCGUUGAGGACCCCUCCGAUGCAUACGUAUCAAAUGCAGAAAAGGCUCUCGAGGGCAUUGUGGAGGCAGGUCUUCCAGGUUCAUUCCUAGUCGACCUGAUUCCUGCUUUGCUCCAUGUCCCUGCCUGGUUUCCGGGGGCUGGAUUCAAAAAGAAGGCUGCAUACUGGAGCAAAAUCAACGACGACGUUAUCAACAAACCUUUCGAAUAUAUUGAAAACGAACUUUGUAUCGUGCAACAGCUGGAGCAGACACGGUUAGUAGCGAGCUAUGUCUUGGAGUAG